AUGCAAUCAACCAUAUACACAUCAUCAAUCAGUUCAAUAUUGUCAUCAUUCAAUUUACCCACACCUAAUUCUCAUUCUCCGCUUCCACAGCAACAUCAAAUUCCAUCUUAUAAAGUACAAAAUUCAAUCCAGAAUAAAUCAGACAUAUUGCGGACAUCUCACCCUUUGAAGAAUCAUCCAUUGGAUCAUGAACAUUUAUCUGGAGCAUUGAUAUCACCUUCAUUAUCACCACUACCACCAUCAUCAUCAUCAUCGGGGUCGUCGUCAUCUUCAUGUCCGUCACCAUCUUUACAAAAGUAUUUAAAGUAUAUUCGUAGCAUCAGCACGAAUACUUGUCAUAAUAAUAGUAAUAAUAAUACUGUCUCUGCCUAUCCAUCACCAUCAUCAUGUACUUCUACACCGAGAUUAUCAUCACCAUUUAUUCAUAAUUCAUCCAAAAGGUUUGCACAGUUCAGUGAAAGCAACAGUCCUACAGAAGACAUUAUAUAUUCAAAGAUGAAUAAUCAGGGCAAGAAUACAUUACCACCAGUAUUAGCAAUGCCAUUGCAACAACAACAAAAACAAGUACAACAAGACGAAGGAAAAUCUGUUCAACUGAUGUGUAAUUAUAAUUUGACAACAUCACUGACACGUCAUCCAUCCUUAUCCUCGAUCAAUACAACGCCAAAAUCGAAAGAGAAUAAUUAUUUAGCAGAAGACGAAUAUCCUAUUGGUGAACAACAACACCCGUGUUAUCCUUUUCUAAUCACUUCAAUUACCAGUUCAACAAUAAAUAAUAAUAAUAAUGAAGAUAACAAAAACAUAAAUACUGCUCAAAAUAUUCUUCAGUUAUCCUCAGUGAAUACUGAUGAAUAUCAGUUAAAAAAACAUAAAAGUUCUUCACGAAAUACAACAAAUUCCAAUAAGAAAGUGUCGAAAUUAUUAUUGUCUAAAAGAAUAAAUAGUGAUAGCAGUAAAAUUAAAAGUAAUUAUAGUAGUAAUAAUAACAACUGUAUGCUAACAAAAGCCUCCAAUAAACAUAGUACUAACAGUACUACUACUAUCAGCAAUAAUAAUAACAAUAAUAGCAGUGAUGGUAAUGGGAGUAGUACGAGUACAUCUUCUCAGCAUAAUAAAAACUCAAAUGGAUCACAUGUUUGUACAAUAUGUUCACGACAAUUUAGUCGUUCAGAUAUGCUUGUACGACAUGCUCAUGUGCAUACAGGACAUAGACCAUUUGAAUGCACAAUAUGUGGUCAAGCAUUUAGUAGAUCUGAUCAUUUGUCUACACAUCAAAGAACUCAUACUGGACAAAGACCAUAUCAAUGUUCAUUGUGUUAUUAUUCUGCAUCUCGACGUGAUAUGAUUACACGACAUUUAAGAGUGCAUCAAAGACGCAUUAACUCCUAACUGGUUCUCUCUUUACUUCAAUCUGUAUGUGAUGACCAAGCCUUUUUUUUGUGUUUUCCUUAAUUCUCUCUCUCUCUGUCUUACACCUGAUCACGUGUACGUGCAUGUGUGCAUGUGCUACCCUAGGGAGACUGGAUGAAAAGGCCAUUGUCAAGUGUCUGCUCUGAAAUAUUGCUAAUGUCAAAUUAUUAUUAUUAUUAUUGU